AUGAGAGUGUUUUCACAUCAAUUUGAAGUAUUAAUUCAAACAGUUGUUCAUAGGACCCAUCCAAAACGCCGUUGCCCGCCUCUCCAUCUCCGAGGGCACGCCUCCCUGUCGCCCUCUUCGCCACCCUUCACUGGAUGUCGGAAUGGUUCCCAAGAUGCGUCGAGGAAUCCCCCAAGAGAGAUUGGAUUCAGGAAGCUGGAACAGCUAGCUAAAGACCCUCCCGUCAUUCUGGUGGAGAAGUUAAAUGAAGAAACUACUCUGGCUCUUUUCAAGCGGUUGACCUCUGAAAAGCAACUGAGGGACGAUUGGAUACGCCUCGUGGUAACCGUACUGUCGAAGGUGUGUAAGGCGGAGUACACGAACCUAGUCGUGCCUAUCCUUAGCACGAUAUUCCAGAAACAGUUCAUUGAUCAGCUUCUAGUGCACAUCUCUCGCUUGUCUUAUGACAAUAACCACAACCGCAAGGAGACUGUGGGUGACUUUUUCAAUGAACUAACUGUUCUUUGUGGUGGAAUUCUGGAACUAACCCCAAAUCUUGCGUGUGAGAAUCUUGACAUAAUCCUGAAAAGGGCCUCUCAGGAGCUGGAGGAUGUAACCCAUUUUGAGGACUGUGAAAAACUUAAAGAAAAUCUGAAGGAUUUAAGAGAGAAGCUGAAGAGUGAAAAGGAAAGACUCGACAGCAUGAAAACUGGUCUCUCCAAGCAAGUGAGCAGCAGUGGCUUUAGCAUGAAGCCACCAAAUGACUUCCGAGAACUGUCACAUUUCCCAGACAUAGAAGAUAUUGUGGUGCAGCAUCGUUUCGAGAAACCAUUUUUACGCCCCAACAAGGUUAACGUGCAGGAACAAGGUCAUUUCCAAAAUGUGGAUGAUUAUUUGGACGUUCAUUUUCGUCUGAUGAGAGAAGACUUCAUCCGCCCUUUGCGAGAGGGUAUUUCAGAUUUCCGGAAGUCAUUGGAAUUGCGGAAAACUUCUAAAGGUAAGAGGACACCUCGCAUUCAGAACGUCCGCAUUUACGAGAAAGUUAAAAUACUGCACGUCAAAACGGAAGAUGAGAAUGUUGGGCUCGUUUUGCACUUUGACCCGGAGAAGAAGUUUGCCUCUAAAAUUAAGUGGGAGUACUCCAAGCGGCUUAUGAUGGGAUCCCUCCUUGUGCUCUCUGAAAAUGAAGAAUUUUCCUCCAUUGUUCUUGUCACCGUUCACAAACGAGACCAGAAAGAACUUGAGGAGGGUAAAGUGGUGGUAGAGCUCUGUGAAGGUGGCGUGGUUUCUUUGGACUCCCUUCAACGCCAGUACCUCAUGGUAGAAAGCCAAGUAUUCUUUGGAGCAUAUUUACCCGUCUUGAAGGCCCUCAAGAACUUCAAUGAGAACAAUUUCCCCAUGGCAGACUAUAUAGUAUAUGGUUCGAAGGAACAGAAGCUACCAGAUUACGAGGUCCGGGCCCUGGCUGCCGGCAAGCGAUUUGAUGUGUUCCUCAAGCCUGAUGACCCGUCCACAAUUGGGUCCAAAGUUGUGGUUGAUGUGGGCGACCUGAAUACUUGGCCAUCCCCCAGCGAGCUGGGCCUGGACGACUCCCAGUACCGCGCUCUGAGCGGCGCGCUGGCCAACAAGCUGAUGCUGAUCCAAGGUCCGCCUGGCACGGGCAAGACCUUCAUCGGGCUCAAGAUCGGCGCCUUCCUCAUCCAGAACCAGGAGCUGUGGAGGUCGAAGGAGGAUCCCAGGCCAAUGCUGGUGGUGUGCUACACCAACCACGCCCUGGACCAGUUCCUGACGGGCCUCAUGUCAGUCACCAACAGCAUCGUCCGGGUCGGAGGCGGCUGCAAGGAACCCAGGCUGGAGCAGCACUCCAUCAAUUUCCUGCGACGUAAUGGUACUAGACCUGCGAGUCUCAGGCAAGUGUACCAGAACAUACGGCAGUCGAAGAAUAAGUUCCAUGCGAUUAAAAGCUUGGGGGACCGAAUUCGAGGCUGCUCAUCUCAACUGAAAGAGGACGCUGCUGGAAUAGUCAGCCUGGACGCGUUGCAUUGGUUCGGCAUCGUCCCGGAAGAGUACCUGGUUCUGACAGACAAGGACAUUCUGAUGUGGCUUUGCGGCUGCCGGAAGAACGGAGAAGUUCCAGAACUCGUCGAGAGAGACUUCUCUGAGCACAUUUUGCAGACCGAAGAGCCUGGAUUUGAUCAUUUGGAAUUUUCAACAGAAGAAAUGCCAAAUAUCACAAUGUCAUUUUCGUUUCGUCAAUACGAGGAAUUUCUUCGUGAACUACUGGAAGCGGAGACACCACCACGUCCGUAUCUGACAAACCUCAUGGAAGAUUUGAAACGUGAACUUUCUGCCACUGAGUACCCUCGGUACCCUGAGCAACAGGGUCAGCCCCGUCCUGCUGCAAUCUGGCGCUUGAACAGCAAUGAACGCUUUCAGUUGUACAGAUAUUGGAGAGAUUCUCUGCUCACUGCCCUGAGCGUCUUCUUCGAGCCACUGCUCGGCGAAAUAGACGCAACUCUUCCUGCCCUGUCGAACGAGCUCGCGAGCUGGAGGAUGGUUGAGGACCAGCACAUAAUGGCUGACUACGCCAUCAUUGGCAUGACCACAUCAUUUGCUGCUUCCCGACAACAGAUUCUCAAGGAGCUUAAGCCAAGAAUCGUUAUCGUCGAGGAAGCCGCUGAGGUGUUCGAAAGCCACGUUCUUGUUUGUUUGGCUGGUGAAGUGGAGCAUCUCAUUAUGAUCGGUGACCACCAGCAACUUCGCCCCAACCCCUCGGUGCACGAGCUGGGGGUCAAGUACCACCUGAACGUGUCCAUGUUCGAGCGGCUCAUCAACAACGGCGUGAACUACGUCACGCUGUCCACUCAGCACCGCAUGAGACCCGAAGUGGCCAGGCUCAUUUGCCCGGCCAUCUAUCCCAACUUGAAGAACCACCCCUCCGUCGCCGAGUUCCCCGCAGUGCUGGGCGUUCUGAAGAAUGUCUUCUUCGUGGACCACCAACACCAUGAAGAAUAUCUCGAGGAUGCCCAGAGCCACCAGAACAGCCACGAGGCCAAAUUCCUUUCAUCCCUAGUGAAGUACCUGCUGCUGCAAGGUUAUGACCCGUCCCGGAUUACUGUGCUCAGCACUUACAAAGGACAACAGUAUUUCUUUUCCAAGCUGAAAGCUAACUCACCUCACCUUAAGGACGUCAGGAUGACAGUAGUUGACAACUUCCAAGGCGAGGAGUCCGACAUCAUCCUGCUGUCUUUGGUGCGCAGCAACGAGGAAGACAACGUUGGCUUCCUCAAGACAGAGAACCGAGUGUGCGUGGCUCUGUCUCGAGCAAGGCACGGGCUCUACAUCAUCGGCAACAUGGCCAACAUGACGAAGGCCGACACGGUGUGGCGCAAGGUGGAGGCGGAGCUGCUGCAACAGGGCGGUAUCGGGCCGGCGCUGCCGCUACACUGCGACCGCCACGGCGAGGUGACCCUCGUCGCCACGGCCGAGGACUUCGCCAAGUGCCCGCAGGGAGGCUGCCUGCAGCUCUGCAAGACCCUCAUGCCGUGCGGCCACGACUGCAAGCAGGUCUGCCACAUCCUGGACAUGGAGCACAAGACCGCCAGGUGCAUGGAGAAGUGCGAGCGGCCGGCCUGUCCCCAGCAGCACGCUUGCCCCGAGCGGUGCUUCCGGAACCCCUGCCCGCCCUGCCAGGUGCCCAAGGUGGAGCAGCUUGCCUGCGGCCACUCCGCCACCAUGGCCUGCCACGUGGACCCCGCCGAGUACAAGUGCAAGGUUGUCGUGAACUGCACCCUGCCCGACUGCGGUCACGAGAGGGAGGCCAAAUGCCACCAACUGGCGCGUCUGGAGCUGCUGCCCUGCAAGACCCCCUGCACCCUCCGCAUGCUGUGCGGCCACACGUGUCGGUCCGACUGCCACGUGCGCAAGGAUCCCAACCACGAGCAGGUGAAGUGCAUGCAGCCCUGCGGGCAGAAGAGGCACGGCUGCCUCGCCGACCCCGGACACCAGUGCCGCCUGGUGUGCCACCAGGCGUGCGAGGAGUGCACCGAGCAGGUGCAGAAGACCCUGCCCUGCGGCCACAAACACAAGAUGAAGUGCAACGCGGACGCGUCCGAGUUCCAGUGCAGGCUCAAAUGCGACAGGACCCUGUCCUGCGGACACAAGUGCAGCAAGAAGUGCUUCGAGCCGUGCGAGCCGUGCACCGUGCAGGUGUCCAAGACGGUGCCCGCGUGCGGCCACGCGCAGGUGAUGAGUUGCGGCGAGUCCCCCGCCCUGUUCCGGAACUGCAAGGCUCCCUGCGAACGCCUGCUGCCGUGUGGACACCGCUGUGGAUUACAGUGUAGGCAGGACUGCCUGGGCGGCCGCUGCCGCCAGAUGGUGCCGUACCCGCGCGCCGCGGCGUGCGGGCACACCAUCAGCGUACCGUGCUCCCUCAAGAACGACUACGCCCCCAACAGCAGCGACCUGCUGGCGCUGUGCAGGCAGCCCUGCCGUGCCUUGCUCAAGCCCUGCGACCACCAGUGCGGCGGUUCGUGCGGGGAGUGCCUGCAGGGACGCCUGCACCAGCCCUGCAAGUCCAAGUGUGAGAGGCAGCUGCUCUGCGGACACGUGUGCAAGGAGGCGUGCCCCAAGGUCUGCCCACCGUGCACCCUGCCCUGCGAGCAGAAGUGCAUCCACUCGUCUUGCAACCACCGUUGUGGCAUACCGUGCGCUCCGUGUAAGGAGCCGUGCAGUCGGCGCUGCGCGCACGGCCAGUGCCCCAGGCGCUGCGGCGACAAGUGCACCUUCGAGUGCAAGGAAGCCUGCCGGGCGAAGGUGGAGGACUGCGGCCACGACUGCAUCGGGCUGUGCGGCGACCCCUGCGUCUGCAAGGAGUGCAACUUGGAGGAGGUCACCACCAUCUUCUUCGGCACGGAGGAAGAGGAAGGUGCCAGAUUCAUCAUGCUGCCCGACUGCAAGCACAUCGUGGAGGCAGGCAGCCUUGACGAUUGGAUGUCCGUCGACAACACGGAAGAUGGCAAACCGUCUGAGAUUAAACCCAAAGUUUGUCCCAAAUGCACUGCGCCGAUUACGAGCUGUCAACGAUACAGCAACGUCAUGAAGAAGGUCGCCAUGGACAUCGCGGCCGUCAAGAGGCAGUUCUACGACAAAACCAAGAUCCAGUCACACCUGGACAAGACUCGGGAGCUCCUCAAGGACAUAUCCAACUUCCCGAUAGAGUUCUCCUCGGCCCGCGUGCUGACGCUCGACGUGGUCCGCUUCCUGGAAGGCGUCGAGAAGAAGAUGCCGCGAGGCAGGGAGUCCGGCACCAGGAGGGUGUCGCCGCUCAACACGAGCGAGGCCAAGAACCUGGAGCAGAAGGUGCAAAUCCUCAGGAGCCUGUGGCGGAUUGUGGACAAGGUGGUCCAGGACGACAGCAUCAGCUCCAGCGGGAGGACGGAGAUCGAGCAGGCGGUGGAGCUGCUGUGCAGCAACCUGAGGCAGCGCGACCCGGUUCGACUCAGCGAGCAAGAGGCCUCCGACGUGAGCUUGGCGCUGGAGCGUUUGCAGCGUCUGGUGGAGCUUCUGCAAGUGGAGAGCGGGCCCAGCUUCCGGCAGUUGCAGGCAUCUGACAAACUAGCUCACGCGGACAUUUCCAGGGUCGUGAGGGGACUUUCUCCCUACUCUGAGGAGCAGGACCUGAGGAUCCGCAAGCAGCUGGAGGCGCUGGCCGCGUCGGCCCUCGUGAGCAUCUCCCGCGAAGAGCUCGCCGCCAUCGUGGCCGCCAUGGACAUGCUGCCGGGACACUGGUUCCGCUGCCCCAACGGCCACCCCUACUGCAUCACGGAGUGCGGCGGCGCCAUGCAGGAGGCCGACUGCCCCGUGGAGGGCUGCGGCGCUCGCAUCGGCGGGGGCAACCACCAGCUGCGGAGGGACAACACCCUGGCAGGGGACAUCGACAACGCCAGAGCUCCGGCGUGGAACAACACCAUGCAGUACUAUGAACUUUGAACGAGUUCCUCUUGUGUUGACGUGCUCAGUGAAAACUGUCAACAUCUCAUCACUCUAGUUUAUAACUUAUUUUUUAAGCGACGUAUCUGUCGUUGAUAUUAUUGUUCUGAUUUAUCUGUAAGGUUAAUAUUUAAUGAAGUCUUAAUGUUUUUAUCUGAUUGCAUAAAUGAUAGGUUAAUAUUUAAUGAAUUCUUGAUGUUUUUAUCUGAUUGCAUAAAUGAUGCAGAACCUCUGCCCUUCAGGGUUAAGUACUAUUCGUAAGUUAUUAUUAACGUGCUCUAUUGGGGCUUGGUGAUUCGAGUAAUGUGAUUUCUAUUAAGUUAAGAUGGCGUCUGAUUUUAUCGUAGUAUCUUAAACAAGCCCUAUUUUUAAAUGUACUCAAGAGCACUGUUUAUUCAAAGUGUCAAUAAAUAUUUUAUAGUGCA